GGAGAGAGAGAGAGAGAGGGAGAGAGAGAGAGAGGGAGAGAGAGAGGGAGAGAGAGAGAGAGGGAGGAGAGUAGAGCAGAUCUAGCACAGUAGCAGAGCAAUGGAGUCCGACAUGGACGUGAGCUUGGAUUUCUCUUGGGAGGCCCUGGUGCUCGAGCUCGGCGGCGCAGAUAGCAUGUACCUGCCGGCCGAGGACUCUCUGUCCGGCCUGUACGACGAAUCGACGAGCUCGCCGGACGGAGCCACCUCGCGGUCGACCAAGGCAAGCAGCUUGGAGAGAAAGAACAUAAUCAACGAGAGGCACCGGCGAAGGAUGCUCAACGAGAAGCUUUACGCCCUUCGCCGUGUCGUUCCAAACAUCACCAAGAUGGACAAGGCCUCCAUCAUCCAGGACGCCAUCGCCUACAUCGAGGAGCUGCAGGAGCAGGAGCGCCAGAUUCUCGCCGCCCUCGGAACCGACUGCUGCACCGCCGUGGCCAAGGCGGACGACGCCGCCUCGACCGGCAGCAACGCAGAGGACCAUGGCGUCGGCUCCUCGCCGCGGAAGAAGAUGAGGAGGACUACCUCUGCCUCCUCCAUUAACGGCGCCUUCUCUUCUCCUGCUCCUGCCACGCAUCCGGUUCAAAUCCUCGAGCUGGAGGUAACGCAGGUAGCGGAGGAGUUGACAAUGGUGAGCAUGCGACAUGGCAAUGCCCACAACGCCAUUGCGAAGGUGUGCGAGGCACUCGAGUCGCUUUGUCUCAAGGUCAUCUCGACAAGCAUCACCGCCGUGGCCAGUGGCAUCGUCCACAACAUGUUCAUUGAGUGUCGUAUGGAAUAGAAGCUCCAGGUUUAGUGCCUCUCCUAGCAACACAAUCUUUCUCUACUCUAUGGAGCCAAUGUUUCUCAGGACUUUUUGUUUUAUGAUUUUAACCAUCUUCCUCAUCAAUUACACAAAUGAGGAUCCGUUUGUCAAUCUGUCUUGUAAGGCAUGUGUCCGGCAUGGCCCAUCAAAAUAUUUUAGGUUCCCUAUUCUUGAGGUGCGUGACUUCUAAACAUAUGAGGUUAGUCUAGUUUGUACUGGCUUGGCAUUUUGCACAUCAUCGGGUAGAUGAAGAAACAUCAAGAUGUGAAGAAUGGAGCAAAUGUCGACCUAGAACUUUUACAGGGCUUUUGGCAUUAGUAGGGAUCUUUGUGUUUUAUAUUUAUUUCUGGUUUUCAAUCUACCAUACCUUCCUUUGUGAAUCGCUAAAGCCCGAUAAUUGUUUAACAUAUUUGAUAAUUAUGCUUGAUUAUGUAUCGUAGUCACAUGUCCUUGCAUGAAAACUUGUUAGACAUGUGUUUGCUAGUGCUUUCUAGGCACGAUUUGUCUCUCAAAGAAAAUUUUGUGAGGUCUAUCUCAUGAAUUAGGUCGUGGUUCACUAAGGCUAUUUGGGAUGGGAUUUUGCUAAGUUUUUUUUGGCCAAGCUUCAGUUUGAAAAAGAGUCAGGAUUGAUCCUAAUGUUCAUGCACAAUAGGAAAAGUAAGGUCAGGCUAGGGCUACAGCUGCCCAGACUUUAUCCUGACAUCUCUCUUGUUAUUGGGUUUAUAUGCAAUUCAGCCUAUCGA